GCUUACGCGAUGAGAUCUUACAGUAUUUCUAGAAUACGGUAUAUGAAUUGUAUUUUUGUGUGGAUUACUUUGUCGGUUUUCUGUUGUACGUUUAUCUUGAUGAUUACGUCACAGACUGAUCCGUUUGUUGGACACGAUCAGCCAAAGUCGAAAACAGUAAUCUUGUCAUGGCGUCGACCAUGGGGGUAUGCGUGGAAGGGCCAUGCCGAGGGACAUACGGUUGGGGAAUGUGUUCUAACUUAUGACAGGAGUCGAAUCGAGGAAGCAGCUGCCGUUAUAUUUCAUUACACGGCGCUAGAUGAGGAAACAUUGCCCUGGAAGCAUUUCAGAAAACCAAGUCAAUACUACGUAUUCUGGGCAAUGGACAACCCCGCCUACAUGCGAAACAACGAAAACUUUCAUCCGAACCAUUUCGAUCGUGCGUUCAUAAACUGGACUAUGACGUACAGACUUAUGUCGGACGUUUUUUAUCCUUUCCUCAACAUGGAGAUGGCAAAGAAUAUUUUCUCAAGGGGGAGCGAUUUUGUGGAAGAAAAUUUAAAACGAAAACACAAACUAGCACUUUGGGUGGUGAACGAUUGCGAAUUACUCCGAGGUUCCAAGUUACGAAUGGAAUACGCCAAUGCUCUUGUGGAAGCUGGCCUGCCAUUAGAUAGAUACGGUUGGUGUUUCAGUAACAAGCAAGCUUAUAAGAAACUAAGCGAUGAAAUCUUGCUGUCGUACAAGUUCUAUCUCGCAUUUGAAGAGACACAGAACUGCAUUGACUACUUGACUGACGAGUUUUGGGAAAAAGGCGUUCUGAUGGGCCGAGUCCCAGUUGUUUGGGGGCCUACAAAAAUGACAGUGGCCAGGCUCGCUCCACCUGGGUCUUAUAUCCACACAGACAACUUUGAAAGCCCGGCCAAGUUGGUUGAAUAUCUUUUAUACCUUGAUCAGAACGAUGAAGCUUAUUUAAAAUAUUUUGACUGGUAUAUAAACCCGAACUCUGAAACAAUAAGAAUUCAAGGUCUUUAUAAAAUAACAGGGGAACACUUGUUAUGUCAUAAACUGCUUAAUAAUCCAAAAAGUAACGUCAAAGUUGAUAUUUCUGGGUUUCAUUACGGCCAAGAUUGGGGGACUUGUAUUGAGAAUGUGUAGUAGUUUUGACAUUUAUUUUCUAUAUAAGCGUGUCCCUAGGACGAGGCACGCUAUGGACUUAGUAGCAGCUUCAAUCUUUGGACCCAUAUCCUACGGUUAAUUGUUCACCAUUGGUGCUUGCUAUAAUAAGUACCGUGGUUAUGUGCUUAAUAAAUAAAAAGGUUAUGGUAAUAUAGUAGGGUGGGGGAAGAUAGGCCACAUUUCCAUUCUAUUUUCUCGUCACAUU